AUGCUGCCCAACCAACCACAGCAGGGCUACGCGGCGAACACCAAGGCCGGGAGCCGCGCGCCGCAGCAGACGGACGCUCCGUACGCAGGUCACACGCAGGCGCCUCCCUCGAGCGAGGCGCAGCCGCAGCAGCAGGCACAGCCGUCGCAGGGCCACCUCGACGCCGCGCAGUUCGCGCACCAGCAGCUCCUGCUGCUGGAGCAGCUCUCGCACGCGCAGGCGCAGGGGGGGCAGUUGAACGAAGCGCUGCUCCACGUCAUGGCCGGCCGCAUGCCGCCCGCGGGCCACGGCGCGGCCGGGGCGUGGCAGCCGCAGCGGCUCGACGCGCAGCGCGGCGCGGGCGCGUCGUUCUACCCGGGCGGGCAGGCGUACGGCGGGCCGCCCCAGAGCGCCGCCAUGAUGCCCCCCCACAUGCUGGCCCAGCAGCAGUGGCAGGACGCGCAGCAGCGGCACGCGGCGCAGCAGGCGCAGCAGGACUACCAGCAGAUCCAGAGCCUGAUGGCGCAGCAGGGCGUGCGCCACGACGUGGCGGGCGGCCAGACGUACACCCUGGCCGACGCGGGCGACUACCUCAGCCAGCAGGCCAUCUCCCGGCUCUUCGAGGAGCAGGACGGCGGGUCGGACGCCAUGACCACGCAGCGCCGCCGCCGCAUGCGCCUCGCGCAGCUCGUGUCGGACAUCGGCGCGCUGCUCCCCGGGGACUUUGCCGGGCUGUCCCGCAACACCAUUUUGCAGGCGACGCGCGCGUUCCUCCGCGAGUGGCAGGAGGAGAUUGCCACGCUGCGCAAGCAGAACGAGCGCCUCCGCGAGCUGCUGGGCGAGGACGUCCUCAAGCGGCACCCCGACCUCGCGGUGCCGCCCCCGCAGACGGCCAUCUCCGCGCUGCGCCCCAGCCGCGAGAACGGCGACGAGGGCGGCAAGGACGGCUGCCAGCCCGGGGGGACGUCGCCGCAGCUCAGCGGCCAGGCGGUCAACGAUAUGGAGCAGCACUUCCUGUCCAUGGGCCUGCUCGACUCCAGUUUUGACAACGUCGUGCUCCGCAACCGGUCGUGA